AUGGGCCCGGAACCGCUGCCGCACCUCCCCUCCGAGAUCUGGAUGAUGAUACUCGAGAGCCUGCCCCCUUCCUUCUUCCAGCAAGACAUCCGCCGCCUGGCCCUCUCCAAGCGCUGGUAUAGCCUCGCCUUCCCCAUCUUCUACCCGCGCAUCGAGUACACGCCGCGGGUCAUCAGCCGGCUGGUGCACCGCAAGUCCAAGUCGCUCGACCGGUCGCGCGCCAUGCUGCGCAAGUCGCUGCGCUGCGUCAACAUUGUGCUCGACGGGGUGCCCGGCGAUGAUGCCGAGCUCGUGCGCUUCAACACGCCCGCCAACCUGGCCCGCUUCUGCCUCAUGCUGCUCGAGUUCCGCGAGCUCGACGAGGUCCGCUUCGCCGCCCGCUGGCCGAACCGCGCCUGGCCCGCCGACCCCCUGCAGCCCGACUACCUGUGCAUCCGCACGCUCGAGCCCUACCUCAGCCUGCUGACGCACGUCACCGCCCUGGACCUGGACCUGUGCGGCACCGACAUCGUCGCCUGCCCCGGUCCCGGUCCCGGCCACGGCUACGGCUAUGGCCACGGACACGGCCACGGCCACGGCCACGGCGAUGGCGCCGCCGCCACCCCGGUGCACUUCUGCGAGCACGUGCGCCCCCUGCUGUCGCGCCUCCGCGCCCUGCGCCUGCGCAUGCGGAGCAUCUGCCACACCGCCCUCGUCCCGCUCGACGGCCGCCCCGUCACCCUGCGGGAGCUGAGGCUGAGCCUGUACCUCGGCCGGGUGUCGGAGAACAACCCGAAGCUCAACUCGAGCAGGACCUGCCGGCGCGCGGGGGGCUCGCGCGAGCGGACCGUGCCCAUGAACGAGAUGCGCGCCGCCAUGAGGGCCUUGAUCGUCGACAUGGCCCCGUCCGCCCGGGCCGAGAUGGUCCACUUGGCCCCGACCGGCGAGAUCCACGUCUGGGACGCGGGAACCGACCGCUGCUCCCGCGACCCGUCCGAGAAGCCGAUGCGGUUCCCCCUCUGCUUCGAGGCCACGCACUCGCGGGUCUGCUUCUCGGCGCACGCCGAUGACUUGGCAUCUGGCGAUCACGCCGGUGUUGGUGGAGUGCUCACGUCCAGCUCGGACGACAUGUCCAACUGA